GCCUAAGCCUAAGCCUAAGCCUAAGCCUAAGCCUAAGCCUAAGCCUAAGCCUAAGCCUAAGCCUAAGCCUAAGCCUAAGCCUAAGCCUAAGCCUAAGCCUAAGCCUAAGCCUAAGCCUAAGCCUAAGCCUAAGCCUAAGCCUAAGCCUAAGCCUAAGCCUAAGCCUCAAGCCUCAAGCCUAAGCCUAAGCCUAAGCCUAAGCCUAAGCCUAAGCCUAAGCCUAAGCCUAAGCCUAAGCCUAAGCCUAAGCCUAAGCCUAAGCCUAAGCCUAAGCCCAAGCCCAAGCCUAAGCCUAAGCCCAAGCCUAAGCCUAAGCCUAAGCCUAAGCCUAAGCCUAAGCCUAAGCCUAAGCCUAAGCCUAAGCCUAAGCCUAAGCCUAGCUCCAAGCCUAAGCCUAAGCCUAAGCCUAAGCCUAAGCCUAAGCCUAAGCCUAAGCCUAAGCCUAAGCCUAAGCUAAGCCUAAGCCUAAGCCUAAGCCUAAGCCUAAGCCUAAGCCUAAGCCUAAGCCUAAGCCUAAGCCUAAGCCUAAGCCUAAGCCUAAGCCUAAGCCUAAGCCUAAGCCUAAGCCUAAGCCUAAGCCUAAGCCUAAGCCUAAGCCUAAGCCUAAGCCUAAGCCUAAGCCUAAGCCUAAGCCUAAGCCUAAGCCUAAGCCUAAGCCUAAGCCUAAGCCUAAGCCUAAGCCUAAGCCUAAGCCUAAGCCUAAGCCUAAGCCUAAGCCUAAGCCUAAGCCUAAGCCUAAGCCUAAGCCUAAGCCUAAGCCUAAGCCUAAGCCUAAGCCUAAGCCUAAGCCUAAGCCUAAGCCUAAGCCUAAGCCUAAGCCUAAGCCUAAGCCUAAGCCUAAGCCUAAGCCUAAGCCUAAGCCUAAGCCUAAGCCUAAGCCUAAGCCUAAGCCUAAGCCUAAGCCUAAGCCUAAGCCUAAGCCUAAGCCUAAGCCUAAGCCUAAGCCUAAGCCUAAGCCUAAGCCUAAGCCUAAGCCUAAGCCUAAGCCUAAGCCUAAGCCUAAGCCUAAGCCUAAGCCUAAGCCUAAGCCUAAGCCUAAGCCUAAGCCUAAGCCUAAGCCUAAGCCUAAGCCUAAGCCUAAGCCUAAGCCUAAGCCUAAGCCUAAGCCUAAGCCUAAGCCUAAGCCUAAGCCUAAGCCUAAGCCUAAGCCUAAGCCUAAGCCUAAGCCUAAGCCUAAGCCUAAGCCUAAGCCUAAGCCUAAGCCUAAGCCUAAGCCUAAGCCUAAGCCUAAGCCUAAGCCUAAGCCUAAGCCUAAGCCUAAGCCUAAGCCUAAGCCUAAGCCUAAGCAUACGCUUAGGCUAAGAAUCAGACUUAUCCUGAGCAGAGAAUUAGGCUUAGCCUAA